UGGUACAGUUUUGCAACCUAUUUUUGUGAAAUUUUCGUAUGUUCCAUGUUUAUGAUCCGCCUCCGCAUUGCUAUUGAAACACAAAAAAACAAACAAGAAGACGUGGGGAGAAUAGUCCGUGCCGAAAAUUAGGACCGUCCACCACAAAAUUUGAAAAAAAAGCAAUCCAGGGGAGAGAAUAUUUAGAGUCACCCAAUCAAACGUUUAUAUUUUUUUACCAAACUUUCCAAGCGAGUUUUAGCAAUUAAAAAAUUAAAAACAAUACGCUCUCCUUCCUUUGUCACAGCUAUUCAUCCGCCCAAGGUUACAUAGCCCAUCCAAUUUUUUUUUUAAUUAAGCAGAGGAAAAUUUAGACCCUUCUGCUGCAAAAGCUCUAAUUGUUUAGAUAAUUACUUAAAUGGAGCCACACCGGACACAGACAACGGCUUUAAGGGAGGGGAAUUCCGUAAAAUUGAAGGAAAUACUCAAGCAGGUGGUCAUAUUGUGGUGUGCAGGUUUCAUAGAGGCCUGUUGUGUCCACCGCCUCCUCUUCUUCUGCAGGAGGUCAAGGAUUUUGUUUAAGAGAGCCAGGCAGUGCUUUCUGCUGAAUGGCGGUAUCUUUCUUGGCAGCAUAUUUCUUCUCAAAUAUAUGAUCACGCCUAUCUUACAAUGGAUUCUGCCUGUCCAGCUGCCUCACCAAGAGAAACCAGAUUCACAGGAUACUCAAAUUAUGGAAGCAGGCAUAAGAUUUUACUCAUUGCUUCAGUCUAUCCUUAUUUCUCUUUUCUAUGUGUUCUGGUUCUAUCCUAUGUAUGUUUUCAGCUUUAUUAUAAGCACCUUAUGGUACAAUGAAAUUGCCGAGCAAGCUUGUAAGGUGAUGGAGCAGAGUGAACAAGAGCCUCAGAGACAAAAUUCAGAGGAAGGCAGCACAGGUAACAGGCAAUUUGUAACCGAUUCUGGAGAUAAUCUUGAUGGCCUUGAGGGAAUGAUGACUGUGAUUGCAGAGAAGAUAUAUUCAUGUCUUAUGUUGAGCAUAUUUUUCGUAGAGGUGUCUGCAAUUAGUUAUGUUCCAUUUAUUGGAAAGAUAUUGAAUUUCCUCCUCCUCUCCUGGAUUUAUGCUUAUUACAGUUUUGAGUACAAAUGGAACUUCAUUGGAUGGAGUCUUGAUAAGAGAAUUGGCUUCUUUGAAACCAAUUGGGCUUUUUUUGCAGGGUUUGGGAGCCCAUGCGUGUUACCAAUUGUCUUUUCAAGUCAACUUGUGAGCAGUGGAAUUAUGGCUAUACUUUUUCCAUUGGUAAGUGUGUACUUGCUGCAACGGCCACUCAUCCUCAGGAAGUUAUUGAUUCCUAUUCUAGAAGGUGGACGGUCCAUAGGCUGAGUCAAGUUCCAGUAUUUUAUGUGCCAAAUGCUACAUCGCUACGGUUGUUGCAAUUCCUGACUUUUCUUCAGUCACGAGCAACAAGAAAUAAAAAGUCUGACUGAAACUGUAUUGAAAAUCAAUGAUGGAAUCGGUUGUGAUGAUCUGCUUCAGUGCAAAACAGAAAGCUGUGCCAGUAUGUGAGGAAAGCAUGGAAUUUGCAUUCAUUUUUGCAGCAUCCUUAUCUUGACUUUUGCAGGAUUUGCAAAGAGAAGACUUUAUUCCACAAAAUUGUGAAUUGCUUUACAAAUGUACAUCGUCUUUCCUUGAGUGCCAUCCCAAUUGAAAUGCUGUUUGUCCGGCAAGCUUGCUCUGUAUUCUGAUUUUCCAUGUAAUGAUUGUUUAAAUAGAAGAUGGUGUUGCAAGUCUGUUGUAAUUUUCAGCAGUUCUGUAAAAUUGGUUUAUGUUACACUUGGUUCUUGUCUCAUAUUUUUGACGUCAUUUGAAUUUUAACAAAUUGUACAUACCAUGUAUGGUAAUGCUUCUUACAAGGUUGUAACUC